AUGGCUGGCCUCGCUCGACACGUCGAUCCCGAUGAGCUGAUGAAGACGCUCCACGACCACCCGAUGCACAAGGCUGCGGGUGGUCGUCGUAACCAGACUGUAUCACACAUCACGCCUUACUCGAGUCGCUACUCGGCGAGCACUGAGCUUUCCAAAUUCAAGAUUCCUCAUGAUGGCGCACCGGCAGACGUUGUGCAUCAGCUGCUCAAGGAUGAACUCGAUCUCGAUGGACGUCCGUCUCUGAACCUCGCUUCAUUUGUCGGUACUUACAUGGAAAAAGAUAAUUUUGCGUCUCCGUCGCCAUUCCUUAGCACCUCACCUCAAGAGAAGAGAGGGCCCGCCGUUUCAACAACUCCAUACGUCAUACAUCACCACGACUACGCAAGCAUGCGCAAUUAA